UGCACGGCCCAAUUAUUUAUACCAUCUAUCUACAGACUUUGUUUCACCGACCACCUGUCGUAAUACAGACAUGUCUUGGAAAGCAAGCUUUCAGCAGGGAAUUUCUGACUUCAAGAGAAAUAAACAUUCUGAAGCCCUUGCACUCUUCGAUGAAGCCGUUUCACUCGGCUGUGACUCCUUUAUUGUUUAUGAUUCUCGUGCCGCCGUGCAUGAAAAGCUUGGAAACAACAAAGCUGCUCUCCUUGACGCGAAGAAAGUCGUGGAUACUGCUCCAGAUCGUUGGCAAGGCUAUGCUCGCUCAGCGCGUCUAUUCCAUGCGCUUAACAAGGACGAAUCGGCCAUCAAGAUGAUCGACCUUGCUCUCGAGCGUAUCAAACCAGACGAUGUACAACGUCGUCAGGAACUCAAUUCGCUGAAGUCACAAGCAACCAAUGCCUUGAUUGCUACUGACGAAAGAAGGCGAGCUCGCAUUUCAAAGACAGCAUACCACAUCGGCAAGUUACCUGUGGAAAUCUUCGCGGAGAUCUUUGGCUUCGUGGUUGCUGCAGACCACGCACAGAUUCUCAAGUUGUCACAUGUCUGCAAACAUUGGCAUGGCAUGGCUAUUAAGACUCCUUCACUUUGGCAGACACUGGUGGUUUCGAAGCACCGUCCCACCAGAAAGGUACGAUUAUGGAUGGAACGAGCUCGAACACACAUAUCGGACCUCUCUUUUCACCAUAAUAUAUCAGAGAUGGAUUUGUCAUCCAUCCUCUUAGAACUCUCGACAUUAUCUUGGUGUGGCCUCCGUUCUCUCGCAGCAUCAGGAAGCUUGUUCUCCCGACUCUACGAUCUGCUCCAUCAAUUAUCCAAGACAGAAGCCAUUUCGCGCCUCGAACAUUUGGAUGUCACAGGGUGUUCGGGUUUUGAGAAAUUCUUGCCAGACUUCGAAGACUCCCACCUAGAAACCCUGAAAAUUGCCCACUUUACCCCUUCAAUGGGCGGGCUGUGGAGUCGAGUGCGUCGGCUCAAAACCAUGACCAUCGAGGCAGGGUGGAUAGAGGUAGUCCCGGCCUUGACGGCUAAUCAGUCACUGGAGAAUCUCGUACUCUCCGAUUUGGUCCCAAUCCCGAUGCAGUCAGUCGGCGAUGACCGUGUAGAACUUUCCAGCCUCCAAUGCUUGAAGCUCUCCAACAUCGCUUCGGUUUCUAUCAUCACUCACGUCGUUGUCGCACCUAAUUUGCAAGUUCUACAUUUGUUCAACCUCGGCCAUUCGUCUGACGUGCUAGAAUUUGCGCACGGUGAUUCUUUUCGGGUUUUGAGGGAACUCCGGAUUGCAAGCUGCACUACUACCAGUAGUUCGCUGAAUACCAUUAUCGCUGGAGCGCCUUUAUUGGAAACCCUCCAGAUAUCAAGCAUGCACGGAGUCGUUAAUGAAGUACUUGACUUUAUUUGCGGCACACGUCCGAACAAUCAGCAUCAAGACAUGUGCACCUUCUUGAAACAUGUCGACCUCUCAAACUGUGGUGACCUACUCACCGGAAAGGCUUAUUCCCUUGUCAAGGCCCGCUUACGCACUGAUCAGCCCGUCACCAUAGAUGGGAGUCAGCCUGGGUGCAGGGCCGAAAUCGAGUCCUUGCGCUUAGAUGGUUGUCCUCUUGUGGAAGCGGAGAUGCUGCCAUGGUUCAGAGGAAAAGUGAAAGUAUUUAGUUGCGUGUAUAUGACGAAAAAAGAUGGCAAACAAAGGCGAUGACGAGCUGGACUGGCCCGCACCGAUACCAAAAUUUAAACUAUCUUGAAACCCACUUCAAAGCUUGAGAAGAGAUACAAGCAAUUCCCUUUAGGUGAAAGCACGCAGUAGGUACAACGAACU